CUCAAGUUCUCAACCACACGAACCUGAAAGCCAACUAUAAUUAUACUGAUCCUCCAAUCUCAUCCUCGAUUCCACCAAGGACACUGAUUUUCACAAUGAGCUCCACACUCUCACCCACACCCGUCCUACGCAGGCUCGGCCGCGAUGGGCCCGAAAUUCCAGUAAUCGGUCUCGGCAUGAUGGGUGCCAGCGUGGGCUACGGUCAGGUUGCACCCGACGACGAACGUCUUGCCUUGCUCGACCACGCGUGGAAGAUUGGUGCCCGCAACUGGGACACGUCUGACCUCUACGGUGACAGCGAGGAGCUCCUUGGGAGAUGGUUCCGCCUGCACCCCGAGAGGCGGGCGGACAUUUUCCUCGCCACCAAGUUUGGGAUGGAGAUCCCCGCCGAUGGCGACUUCUCGAAGAUGAAACCCAACUCGUCGCCCGAGUACGUACACAAGGCGUUCGCCAAGAGCCUGGAGAAGCUCGGCGUCGACAGCGUCGACUUGUACUAUGUGCACCGCGUCGACCCUGCAGUACCGAUUGAGAAGACCAUGGAGGCGAUGCGUGCUCUUGUCGAAUCCGGCAAGGUCAAAUACGUCGGAAUAUCCGAGGUCUCUUCUGCCACAGUCCGCCGCGCACACGCCGUGUACCCCUUGUCGGCCGUGCAGGUCGAGUACAACCCCUGGACGCGCGACAUCGAGGGCGAGGCGGGCACGUUCAUGCUCGACACGUGCAAGGAGCUGGGCAUCUCGGUCUUUGCGUACUCGCCCCUGGGGCGGGGCGUCCUGACGGGCGCGUUCCGCAACAUGACGUUCGAGAAGGGCGACCUGCGCGCCGACAUGGCGCGCUACAGCAAGGAGAACAUGGCCAAGAACGACGAGUGCCUCGACAAGAUCGCCGCCAUGGCGGAGCGCAAGGGCUGCACCUCGGCGCAGCUGUGCCUGGCGUGGCUCGUGGCCCAGGCGGACAACAUCUUUGUGAUCCCGGGGACCAAGAGGGUCAAGUAUCUCGAGCAGAACUUCGCGGCGGGUAAUUUGCAGCUCAGCGAUGCGGAGAACCAGGAGUUCAGGCAGCUGGUGUCCGAGGCCGAGAUCAUUGGUGGGAGGGAUGCUUUCUGGGGGUCGUAUGACGAUACUGCGCCUCUCUCUUGAUGAAGCGUCCGAGCUGAGCGAGUGCGGCUGUUGUGGCUGCUGAGAAUGGAAUCUGGA